UUUGAUCUCCGUGACAGCAAUGGCAAUAAUUUUGGACGACUACCAACUUAAUUCGGCCUGCACAAUUGAUGGGCCUCUGCAGAUUUGACUGUUUUGAUCUCUUUCAGUAUGGUUUGAAGUGGUUCUAUAGCCCACGUCCUUCGAGUCGCCUGCCCUUUUCGCCUUUCCGAUCCCGCUAUAACAAGCUGCCGAGAGAAUCAUAUAAGGAAGACGCUGAACAACCACAAUCUCCAUCGCUUCGUUUCUUCCUCCUUGGCCCCCAAAAUGGGCGAGAUGGAGAGCUUGGCGAGAGUGUGGCUCAUCGCCCUCGCUUCCUUGCUCUACGUAUACGCCGUCGUCGCCAGGCUACCAAAGAACGCUUCGCGUCUCGUGGCUGUGCUGCCCAUCGCCUACCUCUUCCUGAAGAUCCCCUGGCUGCUUUCCUCCCUCUUUCUCCGCACCGUCAGCGCCUUCUUCCUCGUCUGGCUCUGCAACUUCCGGCUUGUCCUUUUCUGCUUCGAUUCGGGACCUCUAGCCGAGAACCGCGACUCGCUCAUCCGCUUCCUCGUGUUCGCGGCCCUCCCCAUCAAGGCGCAGCAGCGCGCAGGCGGAUCCACCAGCAAAUUCCAGCAGCCGCCGCACCUUCUCCGCUCAGUGGCUAAUCUCGCGAUCGAGGCAAUCGUCAUGCUACUGUGCCUGAGAGUGUACGGGCACAAGGAGGCGCUGCCGCACCAGAGCAUCGUCAUCUUCGUCUACAGCCUGCACUUGAUGGUCACUGUUGACGGCCUUUUCGUCGCCGCGGCGGUCCUUGCCCAGCUGUGCCUGCGCGUGAGGCUGCAGCCGCAGUUCAACCGGCCUUUCCUAUCGAGCUCGAUCCGCGACUUCUGGGCGCGGCGAUGGAACCUUGUCGUCAGUAGCACGCUGCGAGAGGCCGUGUACCAGCCAGUCCGGGCUGCGUGCGGGGGAGUAAUCGGCCAGAAGAGGGCAAGGGACGUCGGCGUAGUGGCCGCUUUCCUGGUAUCCGGCCUGAUGCAUGAGGUACUGCUGUACUACAUGACGUCUCAGGCGCCCAGCUGGGAGUGGACAGCCUUCUUUACUCUGCACGGCCUCCUAGCGGCGGCUGAAGAGUGGCUGGAGGGGCUGCUGGGGCCUGGGCUAGUAGGUCGCCUGCCGCGAGCCGUAAAAAUCGUUAUGACUUUGACGGCGUUGCUUUCAACGGGGACGUGGCUCUUCUUCCCUCCCGCGAGCAGACACAAUCUCGAUCUCAAGGUGGCGUCUGAAGUACAGGAUGGUGUCAGAUUUCUGGUCCAUGGCUUAAUGGCUGCGGCUCGCAAUGCAACGGCUGCCCUUCAUCUCUGAGCUUUUUCCUUCCACCAAUUCUGGGCGUUUCUUUGGCAUUUCAGUUUUAUUGUGUAUAUGUACCCAUUGAAGCAAAAGCUUGUUUUGCUCCUUUGUAGUAUAAUUGACGAAAUGCCAAAGUCAAUUUCAAUGUUAAAAUGAAUAAGUUCUUGAUAGAUCACGUUAAGUAUCCUUAAUAUCU